AUGUGGUUCUUCCACUUCGCCGCGGUUGCGCAGGAGGCGAAGCGUUCCCGCGCCGCUCGGUAUCGCUACCACGCUCAUCCCGUCAAGGAGGCGCCAACCUUCAUGGAGGUUGCGUCCUUCUUUGCCAUCUGCGUCUGGUUCGUGCCGCUCUUCCUCUUCCUGAGUCUGAGCGCGAACGACAACGUGAUCCCCAGCCACUUUGGGACACCAACACCAACGCCGCCCGUGCCUGUCGAGGGAGGUCACGCUGCGCCGCGCAGGUCGCGACCAGGCGCGUCGCUCGUUAAGAGCGCGCUCGCGCCUGUCAUGGGUCUGAUCCCCCGCAUCGGCCGGAGAAGGGACACGGAGGGUCUCAUCGCGCCGCGCACGCCGGGGCUCAGCCCCGUCCCCUCGUCCGUGAGCCUGAACGGCAACUACGUCCCGUGGGGCGGGGAGAGCUCGCCGAGUUCUCCACAGGCCUUCUCGCCGAUGGCGAGCUACUCUGGAUUGCCCGGAGCGGGAGGGAGUGGGUUCUCGACGCCGCCGCCGCCGAAACGGCGCGUGUCCCAGAGCUCGGUCAAUAGCGAGAUCGAGCUGAGCGGGAUGGACACGGGCAUCGCGACGGGCAAGGACAAGCCCGUCCGCCGCGCGGCACGCAGCAGGGUGCAGAGCCGCGCCGGCAGUCCCGAACCAUAG